GCUCUUCAUUGAGAAAUGGGAGCAAACGCCGGAGGAGGGGAGAGAAGCUCCCUGCAGAUCCGCCUCCCCCAAGAUCCAAGGAGUCUCCAGGAAUAGGCACUCGACUCUUCUGACGUGGCGAUUGCCUCGGGAGCCCGGGAGUUUGAAGACAGAAGGGAAAAGGGAGGAGAAGCCUGCAGAGCAUCAAAGGAUGAGGGGUGCUAUAAAAGGAACAGGGGAGACCUUUGAAAAGAAUCUGUCAUGCACUGAAAAGCUUUCUGGAGAAGGUGCCAUUAUUCGCCUCCCCUGUUGCUCAGAUGAAAGGAGCCAGCAAGAACGGUCCUGAAGUAUUCCUCAGGGUCCUUUUUGUCAUUGUUCUUCUAUCCCCUUGUACAUGGCUAUUUGCUGACCUUUCCAGAAGAAUCUCAGUGCCCCCAGUUCCAGCUGAGAAGACAGUUCUUAAUAAAAAACAAAACAAAACAAUUCCUGCUGUUUGGGAGGUGCAGCUUGCUUGCUGCAGUUCUUUUUGCUGUGACAUUUUGGAAUGUCUGCAGAAACUUUAAAAAAUCCUUUAAAAACUCUAUGGAUUAGGCAAGAGAAAAGGAAUUUUUUUUUCCAAAGAGAAGUAAAUGAGAGAUGGUAACUUACCCCUGUUUCAGGACUUGGAUGAUAAAAACCUACGAGUCCUAGGAAUCAGCACUUCAAACCUAACAAAUAAACAAACAUGAGAAGGAGUGGCUGUGAGCUGUCGUGCAAAGGCAGGUCUUAAAGGAAGCCUGAAACUGUCAGAACUUUGGGCCUAUAUGAUGCCUGAAGACCGAAAUAUGGGGGGACGCCCCUCAGGUGCCUUAGCAUCAACUCCUUUCAUUCCCAAAACAACAUACAGAAGAAUCAAACGAUGUUUUAGUUUUCGGAAAGGCAUUUUUGGACAGAAACUGGAAGAUACUGUCCGUUAUGAGAAGAGAUACGGGAACCGUCUGGCUCCAAUGCUGGUGGAGCAGUGCGUGGACUUUAUCCGACAAAGGGGGCUGAAAGAAGAGGGUCUCUUCCGACUGCCAGGCCAGGCUAACCUGGUUAAGGAGCUACAGGAUGCCUUUGACUGUGGAGAGAAGCCAUCAUUUGACAGCAACACAGAUGUGCACACAGUGGCAUCACUCCUCAAACUAUACCUCCGAGAACUCCCAGAACCAGUCAUUCCCUACUCGAAGUACGAAGACUUUCUGUCAUGUGCCAAACUGCUCAGCAAAGAAGAGGAAGCAGGUGUUAAGGAAUUAGCAAAGCAGGUGAAGAGUUUGCCAGUGGUCAAUUAUAACCUCCUCAAGUAUAUCUGCAGAUUCUUGGAUGAAGUACAGUCCUAUUCCGGAGUUAACAAAAUGAGUGUGCAGAACUUGGCCACUGUCUUUGGCCCUAACAUUUUGCGCCCCAAAGUGGAAGAUCCUUUGACCAUCAUGGAGGGCACCGUGGUGGUCCAGCAAUUGAUGUCAGUGAUGAUUAGCAAACACGAUCACCUUUUCCCCAAAGACACAGAACUGCAGAGCAAGCCCCAAGAUGGAGUGAGCAACAACAAUGAAAUCCAGAAGAAAACCACCAUGGGUCAACUACAGAACAAGGAGAACAAUAAUACCAAGGACAGUCCUGUUAGGCGGUGUUCUUGGGAGAAGUCCGAGUCUCCCCAGAGGAGCAACGUAGAUAAUGGAUCCCCCACAGCUCUGUCAGGCAGCAAAACUAACAGCCCAAGGAACAGUGUCCACAAGCUGGAUGUCUCUAGGAGUCCCCCUCUUAUGGUCAAAAAGAACCCUGCCUUCAAUAAGGGCAGUGGGAUUGUCACCAAUGGGUCCUUCAGCAGCAGCAAUGCAGAAGGUCUUGAGAAAACCCAAACUACUCCCAACGGGAGCUUACAGGCCAGAAGGACCUCUUCACUGAAGGCGUCUGGUACCAAAAUGGGCACCCACAGUGUCCAGAACGGAACAAUGCGAAUGGGCAUUUUAAACACUGACUCGCUUGGGAACCCUGUGAAUGGUCGCAGCAUGACCUGGCUGCCCAAUGGCUAUGUGACCCUGAGAGACAACAAGCAGAAAGAGCAAACAGGGGAGUCCGGCCAGCACAACAGGCUUUCCACCUAUGAUAAUGUCCACCAGCAGUUCUCCAUGAUGAACCUCGACGACAAGCAGAGUGUUGACAGUGCCACCUGGUCCACCUCCUCCUGUGAAAUCUCCCUCCCUGAGAACUCCACCUCCUGUCGCUCCUCUACAACCACGUGUCCAGAGCAAGACUUUUACGGUGGGAACUUUGAGGACCCUGUUUUGGACGGGCCCCCACAAGACGAUGUUUCCCACCCUGGGGACUAUGAAAACAAAAGUGACCGGAGGAGCAUGGGAGGUCGAAGUAGUCGUGCCACCAGCAGCAGUGACAACAGUGAGACAUUUGUGGGCAACAACAGCAGCAACCACAGUGCCCUGCACAGUCUAGUGUCCAGCCUGAAACAGGAAAUGACCAAACAGAAGAUAGAGUAUGAGUCCAAGAUAAAGAGCUUGGAACAGAGAAACUUGACUUUGGAAACAGAAAUGAUGAGCCUCCACGAUGAACUGGAUCAGGAAAGGAAAAAGUUCACGAUGAUAGAAAUCAAAAUGCGAAAUGCAGAGCGUGCAAAAGAAGAUGCUGAGAAAAGAAAUGACAUGCUUCAGAAAGAAAUGGAGCAGUUUUUUUCCACGUUUGGGGAGCUGACAGUGGAACCCAGGAGAACCGAGAGAGGAAACACAAUAUGGAUUCAGUGAGCCAGCUUUCUCCCACUGUCUCUGGUGGGUCUGGGAAGGACUCUGGGGGCUCCUGUGGGAAUAUUACAUGUGAUCGGGUGGCUGGUCACCUGGCUGUACAGUGCUCUAACUGGUGAAGGGAUAUCAUUUACAGACAUUACCCAUCCAUAUCUGCAAUGUGUACCAAAGUUAUACCAUGCCCCAUAUGCUACUGUCAAGUGUUACAACUGGAUAUGUGUAUAUAGAGUAGUUUUUAAAAAGUGAACUAAAAAUGAGAAGCAUAUCUCAAGAAUUAUUUUAUUGCAAGUCUUGUAUUUAAAAUGUUAAAUCAAUAUGUUGUUGCAAUUUAGCUUGCUUUCAAGCUUCACCCCUUGCACUUAACAUAAGCUAUUUUUGGCAUUGUGUUAUCAUCAGCUUAUUUUAUAGAUCAAUAUUUUUAUUUCCUUUUUUUGCUGAGGAAAUGAAGAUAAGCAGAUAUAUGAAAAUAUAUAAAUAUAUAUAAGAUGAGUUAUUAAAAUCAGAAGAAUACUUUGUGGCUGUGCUGUUUGUGCCAAUAGACCUUACCAAUGACCAAAAAGAUAAAUGUAAAUAAUUUUAUAAACUACAAUAGUCUCACCAGGAACCUUUGAACUGCUCUUUAAGUUCUUCCCUAGAUACUGCUCAGUUUUCUUUGUGAGACGAUUUGACACAAGAAAGUUUGGACCCUGUAACAAAGUCCCUUUUCCAAGCCCCCUGGUCUGCCUUGCCAGUUCUCUGCAGGAUGAACCUCAAGGGGUGGAAAGUGACGAAGAAAAGCAUUUAACCAGUCAUGCCUUGAAUUACUCUGUCCUUCUGGACUGAGUCUGUAACUGCAGCCUGGUUACAUGAGAAAUUCAUCCUGCCAUGAGGAAGCUGGGAAGUAAUGCUUGUUCAGCCACUUGCUGCACACUCGUAAUGCCUGCCUUUGUGAGCACCUGCCUGCCUUCCACUCAGACCUCUCCCACCCCAGAUAUACUGCACUCUGGGAUGCCAAUAGUGAAACAGUAGUCCUGUGUCUCUCUUGGUUAAACCACUAGGUGUGUGCCAUAGACUGCCAUUUUUCUCUCAGGAUGACUGUUCCGUUGUCAUCUGUAAUUCUCUCAGAGUGACAGCGGGCAGAGGCUUUUUGCAGCAAGAGGGAAGUGAUGGAGGGAACAGGGCCAGAAGGAGGAGGAGACAGAAGAAACAAACUAACCAUUUUGCUUCUAAUUUUUACAGUAUUUUUCCUCCCUGUUGGAAACAUAGUCAUUCACAAUAAUUUUAAGAUGUGAAUGCUCAAAGGUCCAAUUUUGAUAAAUUGUAAACAUUAGUAAUGUUAACUUUCUAGAGAAGCUCAGGUUUCUCAGGAGCUAGAGUUCUGGGAGGUUUCUUUACACGUCAGUACAAUAAUGCUUUAAGGAGCUAAGCAAGUAAAUCUUUCUCACAUGAAAACAAAAAGUCAUUGAAGGCAUAAUUGGAAAUAAAUACGACUUGAGUGUAUGGAA